GAUGGUGUUGUUGUUGGAUGGCUGGCUGGAGCUCUCUCCUUUGAGCUCUUUUAGUCCCUUUCAGCUAUCUACUUAAAAAACUUUAAAUAAAUUCUUACAGGGACAGGGCUGAACAUUCAGCUACUUACCUAGGUAGUGAGGAUAGUAAAAUGGGGGGGAGGGAUUUCUCACAGCCUGGGCCUAUCUAUCCCUUCUCUUGAUCAAUCAGAAGCUGCAUUUGAAAAUCCUCAUUUCACGAUCAUUCCCAAUCCAAUCUUCCAGGAAGAGUGCUAGCCAGUUGUGUGAGAACAAGCUCCCCCCUCUUCUUUCUUCCCUUUCCAGCACACACUUGAUAUGGGAAGAUGGGAUCCAGGCUUGGUGGUGCAGCAGGGAGGGGAGGAGCUAAAGCAAAAGAGGGGUAUGCUCAGGUGGAGGAACAGAGCACACUGAGAAGCACAAACCUUGAGGGGAAGGGGCGGCAGCUGGAGCAGCAGCAGUGGUGGUGUCUUUUCGUUUUCUCCUUGCUUGACAUUUAUAUUUUUUUGUUUUCUUGCUUCUCCUUGCCCAGGGAAGUGCUUGAUGAUUUUUGUAUGAAAACAGCAAAGAUGGCAGUGGUGGGCAGGCCUUUUGUAGUACCAUGGACACACACUGUGGUGGUGGAGGUGGUGGUGGUGGUGGACUGCAUUUCUAGAGUAGUAUAGUUGUUGGCAUCUCCUUGUUCUUCUCCUUUUGUUCUUGUUCUUUCUCCUUUCUCUCAUUCAUUAGGUGCACCAAUAAGCAAAGCCAAAGGCCGUUCAAAGGAAAAGAAUCAAAAAGGAGAAGAGGGAAGGAGAAGCGGAAGUGUCAAACCUUGCACACACACUGGUUUUUAUUUUCCCUGGGCAUAGUUUUUUUCUUGAGUCUUUAUAUUGCUUUUCGCGGCUGCUGCUGCUGCUGCUGCUGAUGGAUGGCUUGCUGGCUGGCCGGGAAAUGGUUUUGGGUUCGUUGGGCUGCUGCUGGUGAUCUAUCAAUUCCGCUGCUAUCUCAAGAACAGAACCGAAAAAGCCAACACCAGCCACUUGAUUGAUGAUUGGGAAGAAGAAGAAGCACAAGAAGAGACAACACGCAUUCAUUUCUCAAAUGAUUCUUCUCCUGUGGGUUGGAUUCAAGGGAUUCAGCUGGAAGAUCAGCAUCAUCAUUGAUUCAUGUGGGUGGGAUCGUGAAAGCAAGGGGAAAUUGGAUUUGUGGCAUGGUCAGCCUCCCCUCAACGCAAAUGCUCCAUAGGUAGCAGCAGCAGUAGUACACACUCAAAAAGUCAGUAGCAUCACUAGGAUCAGCAAAAGCAUUCUUUUGGUGGGGUGGGGUGGGGAGGACUUAUGCAUGGCUGAUCAAGGCACCGCCAGUGCAAUUGUCCCACUUGUGGUUGCAGCAGCAUCAUCGUCCUCAGCAGGAUUGACAUCACCAGCAUCAGGGGCAGCAGCAGCAGCAACGCCACCGCCGCCGCCAACACUUGAGAUCGAACAACAGCAGCCGCAACAGCAGCAGCAGCAGCAGCAGCAACUCGAGGCCUUGGACAGCAGCCGGGGUGGAGGCGGGGGAAGCCGGGAAUACAGGAAGGGCAACUGGACGCUCCAGGAGACGAUGAUCCUCAUCCAGGCCAAGAAGAUGGACGACGAGAGGCGGCUCAAGGGCGGGGACAAGGAGAAAGGCAAAUCGGCCGAGUUCCGGUGGAAAUGGGUGGAGAACUUCUGCUGGAGGAAAGGGUGCCAGCGCAGCCAGAACCAGUGCAACGACAAGUGGGACAAUCUUCUCCGGGACUACAAGAAGGUGAGGGAGUUUGAGUCCAAAGUGAUGGCCGGAUCAUCCUCUUCGGCUGCUGCUGCUGCUGCUGCUGGGGCUGCUCCCGUGGUGAAUCAAAAGAGCUACUGGCAGCUGGAGAAGCACGAGAGGAAAGAGCGAGGGCUGCCGUCAAACAUGAUCAUCCAGGUUUACGAGGCCCUUCACGAAGUUGUGGACAAGAGACCACGGCCUCUGCUGCAGCAGCAGGCUCAGGCUCAGGUUCAGGUUCAGCAGCAGGUUCAGCAGCCGUUCCCGCAGCAGAUUCCCCUUCACCCCCAACAACAACAGCAACAAAUCCAUCAACUCCACCAACACCAGCAACAUCACCAUCAACAACAACAUAUUUUUUCUCAAGUUCACUUGCCUGGACCAAGUAGUGCUGCUGCUGGAGUUCCACUCCAACAAGCUACAGAGGUUUCGAAGAGCACCGAGAGCGAAGGCAGCGAAAUGGAGCGAUCGCCGUCGGGGAAGCGUCGCAAAGUUUCCCGAGAACAAGGCUUGGCCCCGACGGUGUCAAAGAGCGCCUACGAGCUCUCGCAAACGCUGCUAGCCUGCGAAGAGAAAAAGGAUAAGCGUCACAGGGACUUGCUUGGACUCGAGGAACGCAAGCUCGGCUUGGAAGAGGCCAAGACCGAGAUCAGCCGCCAAGGCAUGGAAGGACUCAUCGCGGCCGUCAACAAUCUCGCCAAUGCGAUCCUCACGCUCGUCUCAGAUCGACAGCAACCUCCAGGCUGACUGCUCUAAUCUCGUUUCCUUCUUUCUUUCUUGUUGAUUAUUUUUCCCUGACCACCGGCCGCCACUCGAAGAUUAAUUUUUUCUUUUUCUUUUCCGUGAUUUUUUUCCCUGAAAUUUUUUUCUCAGCCUGUCGGCUGAACUGCUGUAUCUUUAACCGUUUUCCUUUAAUUUCUUCCGCAUUGUUCCUCUGUAAGAUCUGAAAAAAAAAGAGAGACGAGGUUACAUCCUCUCGAUGGUU